CCGGGCCACCGACUUUUUGCUAGCAUGCUCGACGCGCAGCAGCUCGUGGACGAGCUCCAAUGCGCCAUCUGCCUCCACCAGCUCUUCAAGCCGGCGACGCUCACGUGUGGCCACUCGUACUGUCGGCUCUGCUUGAUCGACGCGUGCACGGGCCAGGACGAGACCUUCUCCAGCUGCAUCUGCCCCAUCUGCCGCGAGUCGAUCGGAUUUGAGAUCUCCAAGCUCAGCGUCAACGUCGCGCUCUGGAACGUUGUCCGGCUCGUGUGCCCAUCGACGCUGUGCGAGCGCGUCGAAGAGGCCAACUUCCAGCGUGCGGUCGCCGACUGCGAAAAGCUCGGCGGCAACACCGCUGCCGAGAGGCAAAGCCGACUCAGCGACUCGGCCGAGACGCCCAACGACGAUGACGAGUACGACGACGACGACGACGAAGAGGGCGACAAUGGCUACGACGACGCCUACGACGACGACGUCGAGUCGGACACGUACGUGAUCGACGGCGAAGCACGCAGCAUCGUCCGGGGCAUUGUGUCGCCGGACGGCCGCUCGAGCAUUGCGCUCGGUAUCGUGAGGUUCCCUGGCUGUCUACAGACCCACUGCUUGGAGCAAGAGUGCACCAUCGCGAUGCUGCACUCGACCGCUGUGGACGAGAACGAGUUUCCCGUGGUCGUCUCAGAGCUGCACGAAGGAUGGGUGCAACGCCGAAGCCCGCACCCGAGCUUGAUGACGCUGACCGUGCUCAACCGUUGCGACGAAAUCGUGCUCGAACGCACAUCGCUGCCCGUCGAUGGUCGCGUGACCUUCCCGAAUCUGUACGUGGACGGCCCGUCUGGCGAGUACGCCUUCCGCUUCUACGACCUCUUUACGGGCGCGAGCAUGGAGGUCAAGGCGCUGCUGCGAGCCACGAGACGCGGCAGCCUCGUCGGCUAAAGAAGUUUGAGUGUAUAAAGUAGAUUAAGAAGCGCCAUCGUCUGCAC